CUUCCGGUUCCGGUGAAAUGUCAAAAACAUAAACACGUGAAUAUUACACCAUUAUAAUUAAUUAUUUCACCAUCGAUUACAGAACUAACAGAUUUAUUUGCUAUGGCUUCAGACGAGAAAAAGACGAGUUAUUUCAUAGCCAAGUGUGACAGUAUAGCAUCGUUACGUAAAUGUAUUGACACAUCAAGAUGGGCGUGUAGAAAUCGCAGAGAGCCCCCGCACCCAAGUGACCUCCUCACACAUGCCCGGACCAAUAACAACCGUGUUGUCAUCAUUUUCAGUGUAAACAAUUGUCAUGGGUGGCACGGCUAUGCUGAAAUGGCAAGUGGCGUUGAAAACCAAGCAUCUACAAAUAGCUGCUCUAAGGGAACCAAAACAGAACUUAAAUCUGUAACUGAAAACACAUCAGAAUCAACAGAAAAUAAACACUUGAUCGAUGAAAAUGUUUCUAAUCACACUGAUUGGAAUUACUUUGAUGUUAAAUGGAUAACACAUUUUCUGAAUGAUUUUGGUGAAAGGUGUCUCAGUUCUAAAGCAACAGAGGGAGAAGAAUAUAGAUUGACAGACAACACACCAUUAAACAAAGCCCGCAAUUGGCAGGAAGUACCUUCUGGCAUUGGAAGCAAUUUAUGUCUUUUGAUUGAUAAGUUUUAUGAAGAAUUAAAAUCCAAAAGGCAGGAAAAAAUGAAAAUGGCAGAGGAAAAUCAACCUCCUCCAUUUUUCCAUUCCUCAGAUGAAGUGGGUUUGAUGAAUGAAAACUGGAUGAAAAUAUCAGAGAAAAUCACACAGGAGCUUGGCAGUAUCAUAAUGGCAUGUCCUUUUGGUAGCAGAAGGUAUAACUUACACACCCCUACAAGUGAUAUGGACAUGUUCCUGGUGUACCAGGCAAGGACACGAGAUAUUUUGGGAUUUAACCCUCCCAAACAAACUCUUAAGAGUGAGCGAGAGUCUUGUGACUUUACCAUCCAUGAGAUAUUCCAUUUCGGAGAACUUCUGAUGUCUGGAGACCAUCGCUGUGUAGAGACAUUAUUUGUUGCAGACGAAACUCUAGUCCACACAAGUGCGGCAUUCAAGCGUCUCCAGCAGCACAAACAUUUGUUUGUGAACAGGAUCUGCCUUGAGAAAUACCUACGUGAUGCCUGUGGAAGUAAGGGAACCAAACAGCUGCAUCGCUGGACAGAUGGACAUUCAUCUACAGAAGUCCUUACCGACCGGAUGUCUAAACUUUCUUACAUCAUCAUCCGCCUCCUUCAGAAUGCAGCUGAUAUCGUCAAAGGCGGCAAUAUCAUAGUGUACAGGCCCGAGGAAUCGACAGAGAGGGCAACGCUAAUGAAUAUUCGGCAAGGCACACCGACAAUAGGGGAAACUUGGGGCGAGAUUAACAGGUAUGUAAUAGGCUCAUUUGACUGUGUUAGGAAAUGUUCUGAUAAUUACGAUAAUAUGAAGAAAUGGUAGUGAAAAUUUAUUGUUUAAAUAUUGCAAAUAAAACAGUUGAAACAGACAGU